GUGGUUUGGAUCAGUGUAGCGACGACUCUCGCGAUCGAAGGAGGUAAUGGAAGUGUGUUUUUCCUCUUCCACAUCUUUAAGUUCGAUUAGAGGAAUCGCAGGUUCGCAUCGUUAAUUCUUUACUAAUAUCUUCUAAAGAAGAAACAGAGAAGAACGUAUCGAGCUAUCGACAGAGUCGGCGAUUUCACUUAGCAAUUCGGUGAUCGAGGUUUAAAGGAAAUUGAAAAGAAAUUCCAUCGACAGUCAAUCGAAUUGGCCUACUUCAGAUAUGCAGUUAGUAAGAUACAAGUUAAAUAUGUAUAGAUUCGUGUAAUUGUCAUCUUACCACUCAACGAAUGACGAAGAAUACUCUAACAAGCGAGUUUAAGAGGCGUCUUUGAAGUUCCACUCUGCUCUUUAAUUUUUCUCACUGGUAAACAUCUUUGAUGUUACUUUCGAUAUAAAGAGCGCACAAGAGGAUAACUGGCCUACACGCAGCAACAGGUUUCACAGAGAUUUAUUUCGGUUCUGUGCUGUUCGAUCGAUGAAUCCAAGCAGUUGGACCGUUGCACUGGCUGUAGCUCGCUGCAUAUGUAGCCUGACUUGAAUAAGGGCCCCUGGUAGGACUGCAGGUAGUCUUACAAAAGGGUCCAAAUACAACGUUGUCACAUUUCAGAAGAAAUUCAAGGCGGUGGCCUGCGUAACAGCAACAGCGCCCGUUGAGGAGUAAGAUACGAUAAUACAGUACCAAAGGUACAUGAUAACUGUAGCGAUACAAAUAGUGAAAAUCAACAAGCCGAUUUAAGAAAUUGUCGCUAUGAAAUAAUGCUUUAGCGGGAAAAAUUUCAACCGUUUUUUUCUUCGGCAUAGUUCCUAUUUAUAUAGAGGAAAGAAAAAGAUAAACAGGAGCCGAGAAAAUAGAUGAUUACUCGAGAUCAACGAUUGUGGAACGGAGUGAACGAUCCAUAUAAACAAUGAGGUCUCUGAAUCGUUCCAUCAUCGAUCAUAUUGUCGAGACUUCCGCUUGAAGUUACCCGCCAAGCGAUUCAGAUACGGACAUUGCCUGGUUGCGAUUUUGAUACGAUAUAUUACGUAGAAUAUCGAUUGACGCUACUUACGAACCGUGAACAAGCAAGAGAGUCGUAAAAAAUGUCGCUCACCUCGACAGAAGUUUGGAACGAAACCUUGUCAAUAAUGAAUUCGACAUUGAACUCGACGCUGAAUUCGACGCUGAAUUCGACGCUGAAUUCGACGCUGAAUUCGACGCUGAAUUCGACCUUAAUAUCCAACGUUGUUCUGAAUCCAUCAAAAAGACACGUGACUUUCGCCUCUCAGGUGGUACUCACCCUUGUAUAUAUUACCGGCGUAAUUGGCAAUGUGUCUGCUCUAGUCAUACUUUUUCAUCGAGAUAAGAGGAGAAACCGAAAACAUUUGGUGAUGUUGCGUUGUUUGGCCAUCAACGACCUGGUCGCAUUGUUAGGGAUGAUGGUGCAAAUGUACAUCACGAUCUAUGUAGGCAGUGUGAUGUCUACCAGGGGGUUUUGUUCCCUUCGGGUGGUAUGGAGGCUCUUCGGUUUAUUCAGUGGUUGCGUUGCCAUCGUAAUGGCAGCUGAGAGGUGGCUAGCCUUGACCAGACCCUUCGUUUAUCAGAGGCAGGUGACAUACCCAGCAAUUGUACGUUGCAUGCUAGUGCUCUGGUUAAUCGCCCUGGCGUUGACAAGCAUGCCAGUUAUGGGUUUUGGCGUGUAUUACAAAGGCGAACGAUGUAUUCGAUACAGAGAAGCCACUGAUCCAGCUGAUGUCGCCUACGCGUAUGUUUGGUUCGUUUUCGGUACGGGUCUCUGCCUAUCGAUAGUUUGGUGCAAUUUGGCGGUUUCUAGAGCGCUUAGUAAGCUAAAUCACAAAACUGGGCUGCUCCGACGAGUGACGAGAUCUUCUUCAAGAGCGAAACCACUUUUGUCAGCGUCAGGACCGACACCAGAAAUCGUCACUACCGCGGAGGAAAGGGCAUUCGCAAGAUUGAUGGCCGUACUAUCAAUAUCGUUUGUUGUCUGUUGGAUGCCACAAAUGAUUUCCAUCCCAUUGGCACAGUUCGCAAUGCAAUUACCUCAGAAGGCGCUAUUCGCGCGAAAACUGAUUCGUAUGUUUCACCUGGCGGCCGAUGUCCUUCUUUGUAUUCACUUCACUCUGGAUCCGUACAUCUACGUACUAUUGAGAAUGCCACGGCCACGAUUCCGCCUUCUGAAACCCCUUUGCAAGAUCUGUUGGCCAGUAAGAAGCCGGUCGAGUUCGUUCAAUGGUACCACAGACCACCAGAGCAGCAGUGGUGAUCCGUCGAACCCAAUCACCGAGGCACCCUCCAUGCCCGUCAGCGAGGAACACAAUCCUCAUUUAGUGGCGGUGCCGAUCUGAGAUAGGCUUCGGCGAAUGAUCUUCCUGAAACGGCUCAAUAGUCACGAUGUUAGGCAGGCUUGAGCUGCACGCUCUUCGAGAACGUUGGAAGAUCUUCGCUUGGUAUAUACACGAGUAACCGCGCUACGAACUUUCAUCGAAUAACUGGCGAAUCCAUUGCUUUGAACUGAAAUCGAUAUCGAGCGAAAUUACGAAAAAAUUCGAUGUUACGAAAUUACGGUCAUUGUGUUGGCAAUUAGGAGAAUAUUUAAAAUAGUUUCGAUUAUUAACUAAAAUAUCUUAACGAAUAAUAUCUCAUCAAACGCCUGGCAAACCUAUUACCGUCAGUUGGCAUCGAUAUCGAUCGAAAUAUCGAAAUUACGAAGAAAUUGUACGAUUUUUAUUUUGCUUAAUGAUAGAAGGAUAUUUAAAACAAAGGAGAGUUUGAGUAUGAAACUAUUUUCGUUUGAGAAAUCUUCAAGAUCAUGAGAGUGAGUAACUGAGGAAUAAAUCAGAUGAAUUGAGAUUGAUACCUCGCUCAUUUUUCGUGUACAAUUUGCACAUUUUCAAUGUUCAUACAUUUUCUGUAUAGUUUUCGUAUUAUUGUACAUGGUAAAUUUUACGGAUAAUUUUAAUCCUUGUAAUUUUGGAUAUUUUAAUAUUCUGAUUACCUAAUUAAUUUUGUAACUGUUUUGUAAAAAAGGUAUCGCGCUUUAUAUAUCAAGGGAAUUUAAUGGGACUACAUGAAAAUAUGACAGGUGUUGAUAUUCUUAUUUUCUGUUUUAUUUUUUUUUUUUUUUCUUUAUAUAUAUUGUUGAAUUUUAUUAGAGAAGUGAGUAAACAGCAUUCCAAAAAAUUAUUAUGGCACAUGGUGCGUGUAUCGUAUUAAUGGAUGUACAUUAUAUGUAUAUUAAAAUAAAGCUUUAAAAUAUUAUAAAAUACCCGGCAAAAUAUGCAAGACUCUACUCGUUUGCAGUUUGCAAGUGAGAGUGAGUGUUGUUUGUUCGGUGUACUUUUUUAAACCGGGUAUUUUGCGAGAAAUGUAAAAAUUCGCUUCAAAUUAUCUUUAAAGAGAAAAAUAUACACAUAAGAUAAUAUAUAAUAACAAGAAGUGUAGUUAAGUGUAUCAAGAACUAUAUUCUAAGUAAGUAUAAUGAAGUAAGUAAACAAGAAAUGAUCGUAAUGCAAAUUUCGACAUAUGCUUCUGGUAUAGUUGCGUAAAUAUAUGUCUAGUCAAUAAAUUAAUGCAAGUGUGCAGUAGUUACAAAAUGAAUGCAAUGAACCGACAAUUUACCAAAGCAUUAAAUACAAAGCGUAUUUUCAUCAUACAAUGUACUUCCUUAUAAAAUUUAAAUAGAAAUUGAGAGAGAAAUAUAUAUAUAUAUAUAUAUAUAUAUAUAUAUCUUUUCUUCAAGAUAUGACACUGAUGGAAAUACUUAUCGCAUAUAAAUAGAUUAAUCAGUAGUCUCAUGCUUUAUACUUAACAAACAAUAAGUUGGUACGUCAUUAGAGGAAGCCAAUGUAACUUAUGGCGAUAAAUACUUUAUCACCUUCUAUUGUAUCAAUAUAAUUAUAUUAAUACAUUUUAAUUAUUUCUUUUUUGUAAUAAAUUUGUUUAACAAA